UCGAGUUUCUUUUGCUGCUGCUCAACACGUGUUUGGCAUGGGCUGCGCUUGUAUCGGAAACUAAAAGUUAUUUUAUUUACACAAAUAUUAUUUAUUGUUUAUUUUUAUUGAACAUAAAAAUUAAGUGACCUGCAUACAAACAUAUAAUAUUUUAAUAAUGGCAAUGCUCGCAGAACCGCGUCGUCGCAAGCGCUACAAUUUGUGUCCGCGCGGCAAGCCACUCUACGAAGAUGAUUCGCGCUUUGGUACGAAAAUGCUGGAGAAAAUGGGCUGGACGAAAGGCCGUGGCCUGGGUGCGAAUGAGGAUGGUGCUCAGGAAUUUGUGCGUUUGCGCUUCAAGAACGAUUGCGGAGGACUGGGCUACGGGGAACGCGAUGAUCAAUGGACCAUACAUGACGAUAGUUUCAAUGGGCUGUUAAAGUCCCUACAUGGAGGAGAGGAGAACGGCAAUGCAUCUGAAUCCGAAGAUGCCCGACCCAUGGGCCUUGGUUUCAAAGCGGAUGUAACUGCUGCUGAAGAGCCAGAGCCAAAGAAGCUCAAGGAAAAGCUAACAGGAAUAUCCCUGGAGGAGAAAUCCAAGCGCAGUAAGGCUCGCGUGCAUUACAAGAAGUUCACACGUGGCAAGGAUCUGGCACAAUACAGUGAGAAGGAUCUGGCCAACAUAUUUGGCAAGAAGGCUGCGGAUGAAACUGAGAUUCCAGCGCAGAUCAAGAAACAGGAAGAAGUGACGGAGGAGAAACCUGUCAAUCCUAACUUUGCAGGCGUUUGCACUAUAAGCACUGGACUCUCUGUCAAUGAUUAUUUUAAACAGAAAAUGGAAGCAAUGAAGCAAAAGAUGGCGCAAAAUAAAAAUGUUGAAAAUACCUCGAUGAAUGCAGCAAAUGAAAUCGCAAAUGGAGAUGAAAAUGUUGAAGAACCGCCUAUUAAAAAGAAGAAGAAUGUUGAAAAUACCUCGAUGAAUGGAGCAAAUGAAACCGCAAAUGGAGAUGAAAAUGUUGAAGAAGCGCCUAUCAAAAAGAAGAAGAAAAAGAAGGAUAAGAGCAGAGAAAAAGAGCAAGAGACAGUAGAAACUGAAGUGCCAGCGGAAGCAGUGGCAGAAGAACCGUCCAAGAAGAAAAAGAAGUCAAAGCGUGCAGCCGAAGAGAAUGCGAAAGCAGAGAAAGAAGAGCCAGAAACAGAAGCAUCUAGUGAGCCAAAGCGCAAAAAGAAAAAGAAGGAUAAGAAAGAGAAUGAGGCGCCCUGCGAAGUAGCUCCAGCUGAAGAAGAGCCUAAAAAGAAGAAGAAGAAAUCUAAGAGAAAUGAGGAUAUCAAUGUGGAAGCAGAGUUUAGCGAAAAGCCUGCCAAAAAGAAGAGUAAGAAGAACAUAGAAGAACUUACAGAGGAGCCAAAAUUAACAGAACCGGUUCCAGAGAAUAGAGAAGACAGUAAAACAGAAGACAAAGAAGAGAAUGAGUUCGAAUUGAAAGAGGAAACACCCCAAGAAAAAAUUGAGAAACGUGCUAAAAAAGAAAAGCAAGAAAGUAAAAAAGGGGACAAAGAGGAACCGCAAUUACAAGACGAAACUAAAUCUCAAACGAAAUCGAUGACAAGCGACGCACCCAAUGGUGAUGACCUUGCAACCACCCCCAGAGAGCUACAAGAGCCCGCCAAUGAGACGCAGACUGAAACUGAAGUAAGUGAAGAAGAAUCAGAUAAGAGUGGCGUACGCUAUCUAUCAAUGUCGCAUUUGCUAAAAAUGCAAAAGUCAUUCAAUGUAUUCGAAAUCUCUUCAUUUUGCGCAGAAAAGUUUCACAUCUUAGAUAUGGGGGCGUUCAAGGACUCCUCACUGAGCGAAAUAGUUGGCUACUCCUUGAAUGAGAACAUUGAACUCCAGGUGAAGGAGAUGCAUACAGAUGCGAUGCGCAUCAUGAGUCUGUGGGAGGGCAGGCGUUCAAAAUAUUCACAAAAAUCAGAUGUAGAGCGGACACGCAUUAUGGUAAAAAAACUGAAAUAUAAGAGAAUCACGGGUUCGCAUCUUAAAAAGUUAAACAAUUGUAAUGCCUUCUCAGGACUGUAGUUAAGAAUACAUACAAAACGUAAAUAUUAAUAAAUGUAAAUCUUAAUUGUAAA